GUUACCUAAGCUGUGUACAAGAUAGUACGAAGAAUCUCUGCAAUAAAGACAUAGAAAGUACAGUACCGUCCAAGUACCAUUUUAUGUCGGAAUUCUAAGCCUUGUCGCGUCCCAAAAUCUUGAGCAUUAGAUGCAACGAUAAGCUUGAUUUACAAAUCCGAGCAACUUCUUUUCCCCUCUUCAACAUUUCAAGAUCCAGUUCAUAACGGAUACAUCGUCCGAUCUCCUUUUUCUAAAUUCUACUACGUAUAUUAUCGAUGGGCCCCAAUAGGCCAAGCCCCUGGUCUCGAGUAUCGAAACGCGUUACGUAGCUUCAGGGGGUUUCGAUCCCGCCCCAUCUGGCCAACUUCGGUUCUGGACUCCGUGCGCUCGAAACGCAUGAUGGCGGGACGCCAACCACGUCGAACAGACAAAAUGGCUUUCUCCUCUUCUUUUCCGUUAUUUCUACUUUCUUUAGCUAUUUUACCAAUGGCUUCCGCACACGAUCAUAGCUCUUCUCAUAUCGAGGAAGGACAGGCUGUCUCAGCUGAUCCUAUUGAUGCGACACUAUGGGCUCACAUAUUCAUCCAAAUGCUGGCGUGGGGUGUUAUAUUCCCCCUAGGAAUGGUUCUCGGAAUCGUUAAGUCUCGAUGGCACGUACCCGUACAAGUAGCCGGCACCGCGCUGGCAAUCCUCGGAUACGCUCUAGGUCAUUUGCACGGCGGUCGCGAGUUUUUACAUUCGAACGUCCACUCCAAGUUCGCAUCGCCUAUUUCCCUGCUGCUUUUUGUCCAGGUCCUCAUGGGUAUCUACCUAAAACUGCAUCUGGAGAAGGGUAUAAAUGGGAAGAUUAGGCGCUUCGUCAAAAUCGGACACGGUUUCCUCGGGAAGGCUUUGCCCGUGUUUUCCUGGACCCAAAUGUUGUUCGGUGGUAUUACUGCGCUUGGGUUUUGCCAAGGUGACCAUAUUGGUCAAUGUCUAGCCCAUUUCAUCAUGGGAAGUGCUUUCAUCGCAUAUGGUGCCUUGCUAACCAUCCUAUUACUUGUCGGACAAUUAUGGCUUAGGCGUACUGGCCGGUCCCAAGAGUUCUUCGACAGUGCCGUUAUCGCUGCCUGGGGCGUGGUCAACACCUUUACUGAACAUAGGUGGGGUACUGAUUGGGUGAAGAACGACUGGCAGCAUACAACUAUGGGUAUCAUCUGGUGGUCUGCUGGGUUGGCUGGAAUAUGGUUGAGCUCAGAUCGAGACGGCCGCCCGCAACGAAAUUUUAUCCCCGGCUUCGUCAUUCUAAUUACCGGUUGGGCAAUGAGCGCUCAUCCCCAAGAUAUGAUGAUUAGUGCCGAAACCCACAAGAUGUUCGGUUACACCCUCAUGGCAGCUGGCGCCACCCGUAUUAUCGAGGUAUCCUUCGUGCUUCGGGAUCGCCCCGGCAUGUCGGAGGAUGGUCACGAAACCAGCAGUUUCCAAUACGUCCCCAUAUUUUUGCUUUAUGCGUCCGGAUUCUUGUUUAUGGGCGCUACGGAAGAGCAAAUGGCUCUAGUCGAAUCUUCAGGUCUAGACCAUGUUGCCUACAUUUUGAUCAUAUACUCGCUCGCCUUCCUACUCUUCCUCUUUGUCAAUGUGCUCGUCACCGUGUACUAUCGCAAUAGUACUCCCGAUUUUCCUAUUAAGGACACGGAGAAUGGCCGAUUGGGCCCCCGGGUCAACGGAAAUGUCCCCAUAAGAGACGCACAAGAGUUCGAACUCGAAGGCUUAAUGAGUGACGACGAAGAUGAUGACGCGAGGCCGAGGGAAGACGACGACUUAAACAGUCCAAGUACGAUAGGCAAAAAUAGUGAUGGGGUUGCACGCUGAGCUUCCUUUAGGUUGACGUGCUAAGGGAUCUAUGAUUCAUACUUUAUGGCCUGUUUAAGGGGGAUUGCAUAUAUCACUGGCGUUUGGGUCCUGGAUACGGGUUGAAAUAUAAGCGGAUUUGGGUACGGAUUUCACAUAUAGAUACCUACAUAUCUAACCUAGUCAUAUUCAGUGACCGGUAUUUAAGGAAUUCUCACGACCCCGAACAUUCGUUGGCUGAACCCAUGGUCUAAGACCUAGAAUGCUAAUGUCGUCUUCCCCGACAUAGAAUUAUCAUAAUAUGCCAAUAUGCAAGCCUUAUAAUUUAGUUCUGAGUAUCUGUUUGGCAUUACCUCUCUAGAUGUCCAGUCUCCCAUCUAUCGCCACACACCGCGGAAUAUGAACCCAAUGGAAACACAUAGGAACAGUAUGGGUGAUUAAUAUUCAGCAUCCAUUUUGAGUUGGUGGAUCACAUGGGAAUUCCCAAGUAGCGGUAGUAGGAAAUCCAACUUCUACUUUACUUUACUUCACUGGUACCUACCUAGGUACCUAUAUCAGGAUACUCCUCCUUGAACCCAACAAAGAGAAGCUGGUGAACUGGUCGAUAGAGCAAGGCAUUUAUGGUCGAUGGCUACGACAGCCAAUGUAUUUUUUUGUCAUUGUUGUAUGGAGAAAGCCCCGUGCUAGAGUCGUCCUCAACUUACAAUAAGGAAGGAGAAAAUUAUCC